AUGGCGGAGGCGACGCUGGAGGGGAGCGAGCCGGUGGAUCUGUCCAAGCACCCCUCCGGCAUCAUCCCCACACUCCAGAAUAUCGUGUCAACAGUCAAUUUGGACUGUAAGUUAGACCUCAAAGCAAUAGCUCUGCAAGCACGUAACGCGGAAUAUAAUCCAAAGCGUUUUGCUGCAGUUAUCAUGAGAAUAAGAGAACCAAAAACUACAGCACUGAUAUUUGCGUCAGGUAUGUACUGGAGCAAAGAGCGAACAGCAGUCCAAGCUUGCAGCAAGAAAGGUAUGCCAUUGUUUGCUUCGAUUAUUUGGUCUAUGCUGGCUGAGAGGUUUCUGAAGUCUAACACACAAUGUUGUUCCCAGUAUGCUCGUAUUAUUCAGAAACUUGGCUUUCCAGCUAAAUUCAAGGACUUCAAAAUUCAGAAUAUCGUUGGCUCUUGUGAUGUCAAAUUUCCAAUUAGACUGGAGGGCCUUGCAUAUUCUCAUGGUGCUUUCUCAAGUUAUGAGCCAGAACUUUUUCCUGGUCUAAUCUAUCGAAUGAAGCAACCGAAGAUUGUUCUUCUGAUUUUUGUUUCAGGCAAGAUUGUCUUGACGGGGGCAAAGGUGAGAGAAGAGACAUACACCGCCUUUGAAAACAUAUAUCCUGUACUCACAGAGUUCAGAAAAGUUCAGCAAUGA